AUGGACCACCGCGAAGGUACCAUGCCGAACUAUAGAGUUCCAGGAACCGCCAGAUCCUCAACGGCUGCAUCGACAACAUCCAGCUCUACCAGAAUGGCCCUCUUCAACUCCCUCACACCGUCCAGCACAGCCCUAGUGAGCGAGUGCGUGGACACGCCCUACCGUCAAAUUCCACGUUCUUUAAAGAUAUCGUGGCAAUGGAACAAACUACGAACAUUCUUCCUCGGCAACGAUGCCACCUCAAAAAUGUUCGCCGUAUCAGAACACUCAGGGCUUUUUGGCCGCACUGCAGGUUCGCCCUGCUUGCUCCUCCAUAACGGACCCACUGUGAAGGACGACAUAUUAGCAGCAGCAGGCGAAACAUUGCGAGACGGCUUAUCCGACCCUGGCGUUGUCGAGAGUAUCCUCAAUGUGUCUGCGGCACCUGGAGCAGACAACGAUAUUAGGGUCGCCACAGAAAUCGUACAGGCAGUGUACGAUGAUGAGGAACAGUGUGUUGUUUUCCGAUGGGCGAUAGAAACGAAGCAGGAUGAGACCCUUCAGGACUGCAAUUUCAUACGAGAAGAAUUCGAAUGGUCCAUGACUCCAUUGGAAGCCGCAGCAGAUGCCAAGUACUGCCACGAGUUCAAGCUUUACCGUGUCGGGGAUAUCAAGGCGCCCAACGAGUAUCUCGCCAUGGCUUCAUGGAAAGAGGCAGCAUGGAAGACGUGUAAGAUUGACUUCUCAGAUAAUGGACUUCAGCAAAAUUACGGCAACAGAUGGUCUCUUAUGGUUAUCAUGUCGGCGUUGAGGAUGUGGCAGCUAGGUCGAACAGGACAAGCAUCAUUGGAGUAUGUCUCAUGA